CUGAUUAUCGGACGGGCGUAUCAAAAAUAAUAGUUCUUAUUAUUAAAACUGCGUAUGUUUUUUGUAUGAUUUGGCACUAUAAAGUCUCAUGAGUACAUGGUUAUAAAGUUGAAUGGCUUGUUUAGGUUAAGAAUUGCCGUUUUCGUAAUACUUUCAUUAGUAAUUCAAUUUCAUUUUAUUUUGCUUCUAUUAUAAACAUCGCUAGAGAUCAUCUAUUUGUUAUAAUCUAGCGUCGUUAAUAAUGUAUGAGUCACCUUGUUUUAGCAUACAAAUUUAGUUUUUAGUGGAUUUUGGUGAUAAGUGAUAAUAAUGGCUGAUUUAAUUCGUGCCAUGGGUGCGCCUAUUGGACCCCCUAUAAAGGAUAAGUUGGGGUCCCCAUCGACGGAGUCCGAGGACGGUGGCGGUGACCUAGCAGAGUUGGCAGCGGAUUUAGAACUGGAUGAAGCUGAUGGGCCUAGUACUAAUGGUGAGAGACAAGCAGUCCUUGCUCCUCCUGAAACAGAGUGGUACCAUGGGCGCCUGGAUAGAUACACAUCAGAAGAGCGACUUUGGGCUGCUAGCAAGCAUGGAAGCUAUCUGGUUCGUGAAAGCGAUCGUAAGCCAGGGUCAUAUGUAUUGAGUUACUUGGGACGCACUGGAAUUAACCACUUCAGAAUUACUGCAGUAUGUGGUGACUACUACAUCGGGGGACGUCAGUUCGACUCCUUAACUGAACUAGUGGGCUUUUAUAGCCACUGCUCCGAUCUUCUAAAGCGAGAGCGGUUGGUCGAACCGGUACCGCCUCCUGAACCUGUGAAUGAUAAGAAGCGCGUAGUGGCGAUUUUGCCAUACACCAAGAUGCCGGACACGGACGAGUUGACCUUCCAGAAGGGCGAUAUAUUCUUCGUGCAUAACGACAUGGGCGACGGCUGGCUAUGGGUCACUGCGCACAGAACGGGUGAGCAAGGAAUGAUCUUCAGAGAGCUAGUUGAGGACCUGGAUCCUUCAAUCGACCCAAACACCGUAUUCUCCUGGUUUCAUCCCAACUGUACCAAGAGUGAAGCGGUCGAUAUGCUGGUCAAAGCCGGCCCGGGCAGUUUUCUAGUCAGGCCCUCGGACAACUCUCCUGGUGAUUACUCCUUGUUUUUCCAUAUAAACAACCAAAUUCAGAGGUUCAGGAUUGAAAAGAAGGGAGUGCGGUAUUUGAUGGGUGGUCGGACGUUCGAAUGCUUGGACGCUGUUAUCAAUCGUUACAGGAAGGAACAAAUUGUGGAAGGACACACACUUGGACAGCCAUUAAUAGCUGAAGGUCACCAAAUAGAACCGCAACAGAAUACAACAGGCGCGGCCGCUGAGAAAAUUUAUGCUACCCUACGAGAAUGCCGAGAUCAAAUCGGACUCAAGAAGAUGAAGGGUAUCAAACACCAGGGAUACCUGCAUAAGAAAUCUGAUAAAGGCGCCAAGAAAUGGAAGGCUCUAUACUUCGUACUUUUACAAGAAGGAACCGACACCCACCUUUACUUUUACGACUCUCCGAAGCGAACGAAGCCAAAAGGGCUGAUCGAUCUGUCCUGUGCUUAUUUGUAUCAGGUGCACGAAUCACUGUGGGAAAGGGAGUUUUGUUUUCAAUUAGUAGAACGGGCGUUGCCGUGUUUGUCGACGCACACUUUCCUUGCGGCCUCGGCGGCGCACGAACAACGUGCUUGGCUCGACGCGCUACGUCCACUCUGCGUACCGCAGCAAGCGAGACAUCAUUGUAAGGUGGCGCGCGUAGUAUGGUUGCGUGCGUUGCGCGUGCGCUGCGUAACAGCGCAUCGGUUGCCAGCGCGUUUGGCGCCGCGGCCGCACUUGCGACUGGCGUUGGGCGCCGCACCUGUCGCUAGGACUCGGGCCAGGCCUUCCCCAGACCCACAUUGGGACGACGAGUUUGUGUUCGACGACGUACCACCGGAUGUGACUUCGUUCACCAUUACUGUUCACAACACUGGCAAGAGAGGCAAAGAGUCAGAAGUCGCUGAAUUGACGAUAGAGUUGGCAAAUCUAGCCAACGGCGAAGAAGUCGAAGAAUGGUAUCCCCUUGCUGGAAUGACGCCUAUUGGUGAAUGGGGCUCUUUAAGACUGCGUAUAAGGUAUAUGCAAGAACUCGUGAUGCCCCGCGAAGAAUACAACCCGCUUCGUCAGCUGCUCCUGGAACCAGGUUUACCAGCAGUAAAGGCACUCGCUGAUUUAUGUCGAACCGACAGGCAACCUUUGGCUACAUCGGUGUUACACGCGUUCUCGGAGUGCGGGCGAGGGGCUGAACUGGCCCGCGAGUUAGCGGCCGCCGAAGUAGGUCGAGAGCCCGACCACCGUGCCUUAUUCCGCGCCGCAUCCCUCGCCACCGCUGUGCUGGACGAGUUUAUGCACGCGCUCUGCAAGCCGUUCCUGCAGGCGGCAAUAGCUGAGACUGUGCAGAAGUUGAUCGAUUCCAAGCAAUCGGCGGAGUUGAACCCUACCAAGAUGGAUUCUCCUGAUGACGCUUGCAAUAAUGCUGAGUUCCUACUUUUGGUUCUGGAUCAGAUAACGCUGUCAAUAUUCACGUCUCCUGAAGCCUGCCCCCGGCCGGUGCGCUAUUUGUGUGGUUGUCUACAGCGAGCCGCAGUGGCCAAGUGGCCGAAUGAGAGAUUUGUACGCACUAGAGUAGUAUCAGGGUUUAUUUUUCUCCGGCUCAUAUGCCCCGCACUUGUGGAGCCCCGUGCUUGGGGAUUGGUAUCAGCCGCGCCGCUUCCGCACGCUCAACGCUCGCUGGUGAUGGUCGCCAAAUGUUUGCAAAACCUGGCCAACCUCAUCGAAUUUGGAGCCAAGGAACCGUAUAUGGAAGUGGUAAAUCCGUUUAUACUGAAGAAUAAAGAGCGCAUGGUAGUAUUUCUGGAUCAGCUGAGCUCAGUUCCGGAUCCAGGAAACGCGCCACCGAACACAAAUAACAAUUUUGAUAUAGCUAAAGAGCUAGCGACCAUCCACCACAUCUGCGUGUCCCACCUCAGCGAGCUCCAGAACCUGGCGAAGAGUCAACCCGCCAUCAGGAAACUGGUGACAGUCACCGAGAUGCUCACCAAACACAAGCACAAGUAUCUCGAGAUGAUCAGAUAGGACACGUUUAAAAGAACACAGGGUAAAGAACACUAACGGAACAGCGAUAGCUCGUAGUACUCCAGCGCAGAACUGAAUUUUAGUCGCGUAGUCAUUCUUAGCUUUAGUCUUACAUUUAUUUAAUGAAUACAUCGCAACAACGUCGUCUCGAGCUUACUCGUGCCAAUAAUGUAUUCGUCGUAUGGUAUUUAACGUAUUCCUUUAAUCGUAUAACAUUUAUUUGACUGUAUUUAGAGUAUUUUAUAGGUGCGUCAAGAAAUAGCUCUCUAGGUUAAUGUAAGUCGUAUUUAUUGCUAGCGUUUUUAAUAUUGAUUUUAUAUUUCUAGUUUUAGUGUGAGACAUUGAAUUAUUAUUAGCAAUUAAAUUAGACUGCACUUGAUGAUAAUGGUUUAUUGAAAACGAUUUAAAAGCUUUGCCACACCUUUAUAUAUUAAUGAACGACUAAAAGAUGCUGAUUGAUGAUUCCUCGGAGUCGGAAAAAUCAUACUUUUUAUAAAUGUUGUUUCUGUAAAAGUGUCUCGAACUCUAGACAUUGCUCUCAGAAGUCUGGAAGGUGCAGUAGCAACUUUAGGUUGAAUUACGAAAAACAUAAGUUUUUCGUAAUAAUAUGUACUUACAAUAAAGUUAGUUCUAGUAAUUAAAAAUGAGUUAAAAAUACUUCAGUGUCACACGAGUCGUUUUUGUAUGUAGGCUAUCAUUCUAUAUGGACGUAAAGAAAAAAAAGUGGAAAAAAAAAUUAAUUAGGAGGCGAGUAGUACCUAUAGAAAUUACAAAAUAAUAAAGAGUAAUGGUAAUUUUGCUAACAUUUUGUACGUGAUCACUUUUUAUACCAAUUACCUCGCUUUGGAAAUGAAUAUGAAUGAGUGUAUGUGACAAAAUCUAUAUGUCAAUCACAUGAAUAUUGCGUUAAAACUUUAUGAAGUGUGUAAUGUAUUAAAAAUUUAAUUAAACUUCUUAUAGGAAGACGUUUUACAACAGAACUUACAAAACCGGAUCUUAAUUUUGUGUUUAGACCGAUUCCAUUUGGCUUAAGGAAUAAUAUUAUCCGUUCACGGAAUAUUUAUAUCGAUAAAUAAUUCAUUAUGUUCGUUUAAUAUUUACUUUUAAGGGUUUUCUAGCCAAAUUUGAAAGCAAUAAUUUGCAUAGAACUCCAAGAUUAAAUAUUAAAGCAGGAAAAUAAAUGCAUCCGUAAUACUCAUUAGUCGACGUCUUUUAUCAUAUUGUUAAAAUUUACACAGGUAACGAUAACAGUUAAUUAAUGUAAACAAUCUUUGAAAUUAUGUAUUUGUAAAACUUAUACUAAUUGUAGUUUUCCACCUAAUGAUAACAACGUCAAAGUUUGUUGUUGUUUGUCAAAGCGAAAUCGUCUUCCUAUAUAAUUUAUUGUAAGUCGAAAUCUUACACCAUAUAUUUUACAUGCAAUUUUUAUUAGAGUUAAUGUUUAGGUGUAGUUAUUUGUAAGGUUAUUCAACCGUCAAUCGCAAGACACCAAAAAUGAAUUAGACAUGGAGAAUGUAAUGUGAUAGUACCUUGUCUGAGUAGAGUUUAGAAAGAAAAGCGUGCGAGUCCCUUUGAAUAUUACUCAUGUAUUAAAAUGAGCACUUCCUCCUAUUUGUAUUUUAUUCUCUGUGAUAAGCAAUAUUUCUAAUUUGAAUUAGUACACAGACUUUACUACCUACAUUCUUAUAGAUUGCAUUUAUGACGGUUUUGGUUUUACACAAAUAUCUAGGAGAAACAGAUUUCAUCAUCAUCAUCCUAACCAAUUUUAUCGGCAUACUCCAUCAUCGCCACCUCGAACUUUUAAACACCUUGGUUGGGUUGAUUAAAGAUUUUACUUUCAGAUUUUUGUACAACCGAGGUAACUUAUCUGAAAUAUUAUAAAGUUGUCUUAAAGUAUUCUUUAAAUAAGGAAUUAAUUUAGUGCCAUAUGUAACGUAAGCGGCCGGAUUAACUUGAUUUACAGUUUACAUAUUUAUACAUCAUCUUAACAAUUUUUUUUACGUCUGGAUGAAAAAUUUUAUUACGUAAUUUGCUUUACUUCAAUUAAUGAGUGAUUCGGAUUUAUUCCCAGGAAAUAUUAUUAAACACAACAAAUAUUAAUUUAACUUGAAUUCAUGCUAAAUAAAGAUUAUUAUUGCUUUAUCGUCACAAACAGCCUAUUGGUUGAAUCCAGUUUUUUCAAUUUAAUCGUUGAUCAUUUCGUUUUUCAUUCUUUGUUAAUGCAACAACCAUUAACUUUAGUCUCUCAUUUUUGGGGUGAGAAAAGUUGCUAUAAUUUUUUAUAGAUUAAGGAUUUACACUAUUUGUUUUAUACCUGUUUCGAUUAUUUAUUGUAAGAUCUACACUUCUACUUACGACUUUAAAAAAAACCAAAA